UUGUGGUGUAGAACAUACCAACAAUAAUACAAAAGAUAAAGCCUUGCUUACUUACCUAACUUCACAAGUGCAGUGCAGAAGAAAUGGCGACACCAGUGAAAGUGUACGGACCAGCCUUGUCAACCGCCGUCUCAAGAGUGUUGGCAUGUCUCAAUGAGAAAGAAAUCCAAUUCCAACUCAUCUCUCUCAACAUGUCCAAAGCUGAACACAGAAAACCUGAUUUCCUCAAAAUCCAUCCAUUUGGUCAAGUACCUGCAUAUCAAGAUCACGACAUUUCUCUCUUCGAGUCAAGAGCGAUAUGUCGGUACGUAUGCGAGAAAAAUAUAGAGAAAGGGAACAAACAACUGUAUGGUACAAAUCCAUUGGCAAAGGCUUCAAUAGAUCAAUGGUUAGAAGCUGAAGGACAAAGCUUCAAUCCACCUUCUUCAACUCUGGUGUUUCAGCUUGCAUUUGCUCCUCGAAUGAAGAUCAAACAAGACGAAGGAGCAAUUCGACAGAGUAAAGAAAAGCUCAAGAAAGUGCUUGAUGUGUACGAUAAGAGGCUUGGGGAAACUCGCUACUUGGCUGGUGAUGAAUUCACACUUGCCGACCUUUCACAUCUUCCCAAUAUUCACUACUUGGUGGCUGCUGCUGAUGCCGACACCGCUGAUUUGUUUACUUCUUCGUCAAGAAACAAUGUGUCAAGGUGGUGGACGGAAAUAUCCACACGUGAGUCGUGGAAAAAGGUCAUCGAUUUGUACCCAAAACCUUGAUUCAUUAAUCACAUUCACACAUUUGGAACAUUGGUAGCUCUUUGAUAUUCUAGACCAAACAGUCCAACCAUGUCCCUAAUGCUUGAAUGCGAGAUUUUUUCAGACCGGAGCAAGUCCCAUUUCCUUUUACCCCCGCACUCAUAGACGUUAGAUCAGCAGAUUAAUAACGACCAGUACUAUGCUUUCUAUGCAUUUUAUAAUAUUUUUCAAUUUCUAUCGUGAUUGUUGACAUGGCUCCUUUUCUUUAUUUGUAUGAUGAACAUUUUGAUUCGAGUGAUUUAGGAUGCUAAAUUGUUAAGCUUUGAUUCUAAAUUUUGAUUA